GCCCUCUUCUACACUUGCCGUCCCGCGUGUCAAAAUGGCGAAAAAGAAAUCUGACGAUAAAAACAAUGAAAAUACGAAAAAUGAAGGUGAUUCUUCAUCAAAUGAUGAAGAUCCAAACUUCAGUGACCCAGAAGGAUACGUUGAUGAUAUCUCAGAAGAAGAAUUGCUGGGGGACAUUAUUAAAACAAAACCCAAAGAAACUGACGGGGUGGAAAGUGUGAUUGUAGUAGACGGCGUCCCUAUAGUCGAACCGAAACGUAUUGAAAAGCUGAAAUCGGUUAUAAACAAGAUCUUUGCCAAGUUUGGAAACAUAGUGAAUGAAUUUUAUCCAGUAGAUGAAGAAGGUAGUACCAAAGGCUACAUUUUCAUCGAGUACUCGACGCCGGUUCACGCGGCUGAAGCAGUGAAACUCUCCAACAAUUUCAAGCUGGACAAACAGCACACGUUUCAAGUGAAUUUGUUUACUGAUUUCUCAAAAUAUGAACAUAUUCCUGAUCAAUGGCAGCCGCCAGAGGCAGCUCCUUAUCAGGGACAAGGGGACUUACACUAUUACCUUUUGGAACCUGACGCAUAUGAUCAGUUUGCUGUUGUCACCGUUCAGGCACAAUUUGUGCAGAUCUGGCAGAACACACUUCCUGAUCCUACUCUAGUGGAAGAAAGAAGUGCAUGGACACAAACGUAUGUGAAAUGGUCACCAUUGGGAACAUUUUUUGCCACCUUCCAUAAGUUGGGUAUUGCACUGUGGGCUGGUCCCAAUUUUGCGCAACACAAAAAAUUCGCACAUGCCUCUGUACAGUUUAUUGAUUUCUCACCAUGUGAAAAAUACCUUGUCACAUAUUCACCACAAGGAGAUCCACAUUUUCCUGACCAGAAGAGAAUUAUAAUUUGGGAUAUUAGAACCGGAACGGAAAAACGUUCGUUCAACCCCGAAGGACCCUCCGCAUGGCCGAUUUUCAGGUGGUCGCACGACGACAAAUACUUUGCCCGUAUCGGAAACGACGUCCUCUCGAUCUAUGAAACACCAUCGUUCGGACUUUUGGACAAAAAAUCUAUCAAGAUCAACGGCAUCAGAGACUUCAACUGGUCUCCGACAGACAACGUAGUCGCCUACUGGGUUGCCGAAGACAAAGACGUACCGGCCAGCGUGACGUUGCUUGAAAUUCCCAACAGAAAUGAGAUUAGGAAAAAGAAUCUGUUUAACGUUGCGGAUUGCAAGAUCCACUGGCAAAAGUCUGGGGACUAUUUAUGCGUCAAAGUAGACAGGUAUUCAAAGGCAAGAAAAGAAAAGAACGAAAUGAAGUAUAGCGGUAUGUACUGCAAUUUUGAAAUAUUCCACAUGCGCGAGAAACAAAUUCCGGUGGACAGCGUCGAAAGCAAAGAUCCAAUCCAGUGUUUCGCGUGGGAACCGGUGGGUUCGAAGUUUGCCAUAAUCCACGGCGAGUCGCCCAGCAUAAGCGUCAGUUUUUACGAGGUGCGUGUCGGCCAGGCACCAAUCCUGCUCAAGAAGUUCGAAAAGAGGGCUUGCAACCGACUGCAUUGGUCGCCUAGCGGUCAAUUCAUUGUUCUGGCCGGGAUAGGCGCCAACGGUGGCGGUUCCCUCGAGUUCGUGGAUACACACGAGUUUCUCGUGAUGAACACGACCGACCACUAUCAGAUGAGCGACGUGGAAUGGGAUCCAACCGGACGGUACGUCGUCACCGGCGUUUCGUUUUGGAAAACGAAAGUGGACACUGGUUAUUGGAUCUGGUCGUUCCAAGGCAAGAUCCUCAAGCGAAUCAACUUGGAUAAGUUUGCGCAGUUGUUGUGGCGGCCGCGACCGCCCACUUUACUCACCGAAGACAAACAGCGCGAGAUCAAGAAGAACUUGAAAAAGUAUUACGCGCAAUUUGAGAGCAAGGAUCGCAUGCGACAGACGAAGGCGUCCACUGAAUUGAUUAAAAAGCGGGCGGCGCUUAUGGAGAAGUUCAACGAGCACAGGCAGCGUAGGAUCAAAAAAUAUAAUGAGAAUAAGGCGAGACGUUUGGCGCUCAGAAACAAUGUCGAUACUGACGAACUUGACGCGGAUACUAAGAAUGUAGAAGAAGAAGUAGUAGAAUUCUUUAUUAAAGAGGAAAUAACAAUAAUCGAGUAAUCUACAAAGAUUUUUCGACUUUUAUUGCCCUGCGUGAGUCUUUUCGACUUCUGCAGGGUUUUUAAACGGAUUUGUCAGCGAGCACGCCUUAUAAAUACUGUUAUUUUUUAUAUAAUUCAAAUAGCCCACCAUAUUAAGAAUUUAAGAGUUAACUGUAUUAUUAAUAUAAGUCAUAGAAUUAAAUCGUUUAAAUUUUUACAGGUUUGUAUUAAUAAUUGGGUUAAUUUAUUACAUUGUCAUUAAAAUUUUUAUAUUUUCAUCAGUGCAUUUUGGUCUUUUACUAAACUGUGUUCAAACCGAAAUAAUAAAAUAAAUUUUCCUAGGACAAA